CAAACCGUUCGAAACCCUACCUCUCAAUCUUCUAGCUUCUUCAACACUCAUUCAUAUACUCAAAAAACAACCUCUUCACAAUUUUCCAAAUUAAAAUGCCAAACCCAACAACAACAACAAAACCCUCUCUUCUUUCUCUUUUUUCUCUUCACACAUUGCACCUCCUCGUCCUAUGUUCCUGGUUCACCACCUCCUCAGCCAAAGCAACCUCCUACAACGUGGUGGAUUUCGGAGCCAAACCCGACGGCACGACGGAUGCCACGUCGGCGUUCCUUGGCGCGUGGAACAAAGCUUGUAGUUCACCCAAACCCGCUGGCAUCCACGUGCCGCAAGGGAGGUUCUUGAUAGGAAGAGCCGUAACCUUUAGUGGGCAAUGUUCGAACCGUGCCAUCUCCAUAACAAUUCGUGGCACCUUGCUGGCUCCUUCUCAAUACACCUUCCUAGGGAAUUCUUUGUAUUGGUUCACCUUUGACCAAGUUACUGGGCUUUCCAUUCAUGGUGGGGUGCUUGAUGCUCGAGGCAGUUUCUUGUGGGAUUGCAAGUACAAAGCCAUGCCUAAUUGCCCUAUUGGAGCCGCGACACUUAGGUUCACAAACUCUGAACACAUUGUGAUCACUGGGUUGACUUCUGAAAAUAGUCAAAAGGUUCACAUACUGAUAAAUGCAUGCCACAACGUGAAAAUGCAUGGAGUGAAGCUCAUGGCUGAUGGAAACAGCCCUAACACUGAUGGCAUCCACGUCCAAUUCUCAACCGAUGUCACCAUCCUCGCACCUAGAAUUCGAACGGGAGACGAUUGCAUCUCUGUUGGCCCUGGUUGUAGAAACUUGUGGAUUGAAGAUGUUGCAUGCGGACCUGGUCAUGGGAUAAGCAUUGGAAGCUUAGGAUGGGACUUGGACGAACCUGGUGUGAAAAAUGUGACAGUUAGAAAGGCUACAUUCUCUAAAACUCAAAAUGGUUUUAGAAUAAAGUCUUGGGGGAGGCCUAGCAGGGGAUUUGUGCAGGAUGUCCAUUUUGAACAUGCAACAAUGAAUGAUGUCCAAAACCCCAUUAUAAUAGACCAACAUUAUUGCCCAUUUCGCAAUGGUUGCCCUAGUCAGGCCUCUGGGGUGAAGAUAAGUGAUGUUUCAUACAAAGACAUUCAUGGAACAUCUGCAACACAGGUUGCUGUGAAAUUUGAUUGUAGUUCUGAGCAGCCAUGCGAAAGAAUAACGUUGGAGGAUAUUACAUUCACUUACAAGAUCAACAAAGCUCCCCAAGCUUUGUGUAAUCACGCUGGUGGAAUCACAUUGGGUGUAGUUCAGCCACAAAGUUGCUUCUUAACCGAAUGAUAUAUAUAUAUAUGCUCUAGAAUGUGGAGACAAAACUAUAUAUGAUGUCAUGAGCUAAAAUUAGUUAAGACCCAUUGAUUAUAGGAGAAUAAUAUCAGAAACAUAUUCUUUAAUUAAAGUUCUCAUUUGAAUUAAA